GGCUUCUGCAGAGGAAAGAUUAGACACGGUCCCUGAUUUAGAGAAUACAACUGGGAGGGCAAUGGGGCAAAGCCCAGAGCUCUUUGCAGUGGUAUUGUUUAUUGUUGGAGGACAACAGAGGGAGCCCCACCUGCUUGUGCAGAAGACAGAAACAGCGAGUUGGGUCUGCAAGGUCCUUUUUUAGGGCCAUUUAACAAACAUGUUUUGCAGACAGAAGUUCUCCAACUUGGAAAGGAGUUGAUGAGUGGGAGGGGUAUCCUUUUUCUUCCCCCAGGAAACAAAGCAGGAGCAUUUCCAGGCACAUCUGAGCCUCUUUGUCAAACACCUGCUCCCAGGUGCUGUGGUACAAAACAAAUUAGCCCCGCCUGGGGAGUUAACUGAGUGGGUCCUAAGCGGUGGCCUCCUCCCUUCUGCUCUCACCCAUCUGUGGAAAACCAAAUCUGUGCUUAGUGCAGGGAUGCUCCCUAUGGCCAGCUUCUCACUAUGGCAGAAAGAGCACCAGAAGAUAAUUCAGGUGUUUGCUUGGGUUAAUGCUGACAAAAUGCUGCUUUGUGGAAUCAUUCUCAUGUUUGGAAUCCCAAAUCUGUUUUGUAUUUCUAGGAAUGAGGAAAAUAUCAAACAUAAUAUACAAAGAAUAAAAUCGAAUAUUUGAUUGUCUUGAUUUUUGAAAAUAGUAUUGUGGAGGUCUCAGGCCUGCUUUAUUUUUCAUUUUCAUUUUUACUUUUUGCAUAUCUUAAAAAGUAUUCCAAGGGCUGCUUCUGAGUUCCUUCCUCCUAACUCCACCCCCACACCAUGGCAUGUGUUCAUGCCAGCCCCCCUGAUGGUUUUGUCUGUGGCCUUGCCCAAUAGGGAUUUAUAUUUGCAGAUCUUAUUUGUCCUGGCAGCAGCUCUGAUUUGGAGUCAGCGGACCUGUGUUUGCUCUUCUGGCUCUGUUGCUUACAAGCUGUGUGGCCUGAGGCAAGUCACUAUCUUGGUUUCAAAUCUCAUCUCUGUAAAAUGGGGAGAAAAAGAUGAGCUCCUUCUGCUUCCUCAGAAAUGUUCUGUGUCAGAGUGAAGUGAGAGUAAUUUCUAAGCUGUAUGAAUGUGUAAGAGUUUUGUUUUUAUUCAUGACACAAGCAAGCUAUUGUUUGAUCCAUUGGUUUUGGCUGCCAUACUGUGGAUACUUGGUUUUGAGGGAAGUCGGUGUGAAAGAAUGAAUCCUCCUUGUAGAGACUCACUAUGCUGAGACAUGGUUUAGAGAAGGCAGUAAUACACACGGUGAACUGGAAAAGCAACUCCAGAGUCUGGGUGGGACAUUCCUUCUUGGGGUCUCUGUCCCAUGAAGGGGUGCAGCUAGGCAGACAAAGAGAAAGACAGAAAGAUUGAAACAGAACACCCCAAAUAGAUCUUUUUUUUUAAAAAAAGGGCCUCUCCCUGUAUUAGGAAAACUAACUUUCUUUUGAAUCACUACUAUAGACUGAAUAAAAGGGCAGAGUAUAUUUUAAGAGUUGGAGGUUAUCUUCUUUCCUAGAAAGAGCUAAAUAUUAUAGCCUCCCCAGGGGCAACUACUGUUGCCAGUUUUUUUGUAUCAUUCCAAAAAUAUCUUGUGCCUAUACAGAUAUAGACUCACAUGCCCCCACCAUUUCUUCAUACUAUAAACACACCAUUCUUUGCCUUGCUUCUUCCAUUUAAUAUAUCUUGCAGAUAUCCAUAGCAGGCUGUGUGGUGGUCCAUUGUUGUAUGGCUACCUUAAUCUAUAUAACCAUUUUCUGCUGAUGGACUUUUAGGUUGUUUUUGUAAUUGCUAUUCCAAAUACUGUUGUAAUAAAUAUCCCACUACAUGUGCCUUUGUGAGUAUAAAUGUGAUAGAUUCCUAGAAGUGCAAUUGCUGGGUCAGAGGGUUUGUAAUAGCAUUUUUAGCUUUAAAUCAAUAGUGCUCUCCAUAGAGGUUGCAUUGAUUUACCUCCCACCAGUAGUAUACAAGUGCCCCAUUUCUCUAUACUGUCACCAGUACAGGAUAAACUUGGGCAAUCUGAGAUGAAUGGCCUCUUGUUAUAACUAUAUAUAGUUAAAAUUAUAAUUUAUAAUUAUAAAUUUACUAUAGUUUGAAUUUACUUUUGUGAAUAAAUUUGAUCAGUUAAAAAAAAAAUGUAAGUGCUAUUUUUAUUCCUUUCUUGUGAAUUAUCUGCUCAUGUCCUUAGCCUGUUUUUUCUAGGGGGUUAUUGAAUUUUUCAUAUUCAUUUUAUAGGAACUUUCUAUGCAUGUAAUCAGUUAGACCUCAAUAAUAUAUAUUGCAGAUAUUUAGUCAGUUCUUCAUUUUUACUGUUUUGCCAUUUAGAAUUUUGAAACAUUUAAUGAAAUUUGUCAGUCUUUUUACUUUAUAGCCUUGAUUUUGAGUAAUUCUUAAAAAGCCUUCUCUACUUUAAGAUUUUAUGUGUGUGUGUGUGUGUGUGUGUGUGUGUGUGUGUAUAUAUAUAUAUAUAUAUAAAAUGUUUUCUUCUAGUACUUUUAUGCCUUCGGUUUUUUAGAUCCAAACUUUGAAUCCAUCCAGAAUUUAUUUUAGUAUAAGGAGUGAGACAGACCUCCAACUUAAUUUUUUUCCAGAAAGACCUGGGUUUUGAAUCCAGGCACUUUUACUCAUUAGCUGUUUGAUUUUUGAACUAAUUAAUCUCUCUGAACCUCAAUUUUUUUAUCUGUAUAAUGGGAAUAGUAACACCCAUUUGAUGGACUACUGAAAAGAUUAAAUAAGAUUACAUGUGGAAAACAUUUAGCACCAUUCCUAGCACACAUUGUGUUCAAAUCAUGGUCCAAAUGGCCAGGAACCUGGGAACACAUAGUAUGUUCGGGCAGAGGAGAAAUUCUAGAUGGCCAGGAUACCGAGGCCACCUUGUGACUCACUAGUGUGUCAGAGGAUGAAUGAUGACUGAAUUGUGAGAGUGAUGCAGCUGAAGUGUGACUUCAGGUCCUGAAAGAAUCCUGGGCUGGAGGGCAAGCUGUGUAAAUGAGUAUGGAAGAUUAUGAUUUCCUGUUCAAAAUUGUUUUAAUUGGCAACGCUGGUGUGGGGAAGACGUGCCUCGUCCGAAGAUUCACUCAGGGUCUUUUCCCCCCAGGUCAAGGAGCCACAAUUGGAGUUGAUUUUAUGAUUAAGACAGUGGAGAUUAAUGGUGAAAAAGUAAAGCUACAGAUCUGGGACACAGCAGGUCAAGAGAGAUUUCGGUCCAUUACCCAGAGUUAUUACCGAAGCGCCAAUGCCUUGAUCCUCACCUAUGACAUUACCUGUGAGGAAUCCUUCCGUUGCCUUCCUGAGUGGCUGCGAGAGAUAGAACAAUAUGCCAGCAACAAAGUCAUCACUGUGUUAGUGGCCCCUGAGGUAUCAUUUGAUAUCACCUCCAUCACCUGUAUUUCUUGCAGAUUUGUAGGCAACAAGAUUGACCUGGCUGAAAGGAGAGAGGUUUCCCAGCAGCGAGCUGAAGAAUUCUCAGAAGCUCAGGACAUGUAUUAUCUGGAGACCUCAGCCAAGGAAUCUGAUAAUGUGGAGAAACUCUUCCUUGACUUAGCAUGCCGACUCAUCAGUGAAGCCAGACAGAACACACUUGUGAACAAUGUAUCUUCACCCUUACCUGGAGAAGGGAAAAGCAUCAGCUAUUUGACUUGUUGUAAUUUCAACUAAAGGCUGAGGCACGGAGAAGCAAAAGGAAUCAGCAACUGCCCUGAUGGGCCAUGAGAUGCUGGGGAGAUCUGGCGAUGACUGUGGCUCCCGCUCUCGGACCUUCGGACUCCUGUGGGCUCCUGAGCUUACAAAGCAUGGCAGGCCAAGGGCCUCGACCACAGGCCAGCAUUAGCAGAACAUAUAAUGGUUUCACCCUUUUGCAGUCUGGAGUUGGAGCAAGGAGAAAAUUGCACUAGGCACUCCAUGAUCUGCAGAGCAUGUUGCUUUUGUUUUUUUAAAAAGCAAGUAAAAGCGCAUUCCUGAACAGAGUCCAGGGGGAAAUGUACUGUAGGGAUCCCUCCUGCACAUCAGUGGGUGCAUGUGGGAGCUGUUCUUUAGGGCUUCGGUGGUAAUCAUCUUGGGGCCCUGAUUUUCUUGUCUACCAGAUAAACCAAAACUGGGAAGGCCAAGUACAGUCUCUGUGGUGCGUAUUGACGACCCCAUGGAGAUUUUGAAAAGUGUUAUUUCUCUUGUCCACAGGCACUUUCAAGAACUUUGGGAUGUAAAAAUGAAAUGAAACCUUUACCCAUGACCAACAGUAACAAUCAUUGUUUUAAUAAUAUAUACAAACUCCAUGACUCCUUUUGGUGCUAAUGAUUCCGCUAUUUCACAGACCAAACGUUUUAGUACGUUAAUGUCCUUAAAUGUAUUAUAAAGAAAUAAAAAAAAAAUGGGGGAAGUCCAUGAAUCAAUACUCUUUCUCAAAGUCUCAUUACUACCUUUUUAAAGGUGGAUUUUUGGGAAAAGAGAAUAGUUUUCCUUUUAUGUUCUUCUCUGAAUCUCUACCACUUUCUUCUCUUGUGUCUCCGGCCCUUUAUGUAAAUGAAAAAGUUUGCAAAAUGAAAAAAAUAAAUAAAUAAAUGGUUGAUGACAUUCUAAUAUAAAAACUUAGCUCUAAGACAUUUUGAGUAGUAUGAGGAAACAGACCAGAUAUGACCAAAAUACUGUGGAUGAAUGGACUGUAGUGCAGGGCUCCAAGCAGAGCACAGUCCUCGAUAGUAGGUCACGUCUUUUACUUCCUGGUACUCUCCAUCUUGGACAGACCAAGGCUUAGGAUUUUGUAGAUUUUUUAGUAUGGUAAGUGAGAAUAGCAACAGAUGAAAAGUCUCACAACCCGUUUUUAUAUCUUCUGUGAUAACCUUAGAAAAAUUCUGCUUGUGGAAGCAGAUUGAACUGUCAUUUAUCCCCUCCGUCUUGUAAUAAUGUUACCUUCAGACGCUUAACCCUACGUUCUUUCUUUUUUCUUUCUCCUUUCCUCUCUGUUUUUCUGGUCGCUCCUUUUCUUCUUCCCUCCCUCCCUCCUUCCCUCCCAUCCUUAUAUGCAUGUGUUACUGCAAAUCUCCAAUUCAAAUGGAGGUGUAUAUGCCUUUACUUAGCCAAUUUAAAAACAGGACUCAAAAUGGGAGAUGUGCUGCUGAAUAUGUGUUUCUGUUUCUUCAGUGCCAUACUUUGAUAGCUUCCAAUUUGUUCACUGAUACAAAUGCAAAUUGGGAAAAUAAUUAAACCUGUAUGCUGUUGAUGCUGUCAGAUGUUUCUGUAGCUUGCUGCUUAGCAUAACUGAGGGAGGAGUAAUGGAAUAAGGAUAUGAUGUUUAAUUCCACUGUUGCUGUAGAUGGUGACAAUCUCAGUCCUGAUAUGUUGAUGUUUGAAAGCUAUUUAAUUGUAAAGAAUCGAGUCAUGUAAAGACACGAUGUGGAUAAAGCAUUUCUGGCAUUUCUCUAGCAGAUUCCAGAUUGACCAGUCUCUUGCACAUGAGAUUAUGCAUAUUUUUUAAGGGACUGAUACUUUUGAUUGGCCUCACUGUGUUUUUCCUGAUCCUAUGGGAAAGAGAAAGGGAUCCCAGAAGUUUGACUUGUUUUUCUUUUAGAAUCUGUCUUUGCAGGAAAGAAAAGUCAUUUUAAUAAAAACCAAAAUAAUUUAUAAUAAUUGUUGCCUUUCCCUCCCCAUCCUCUCCACUAAGCCAGCAACUAAAGGUAUUCAGAAAACAAGUUAAUCAAGGAGGGCAGAAGAACUUUUUUUAAACUGUAAGGAAAUGUUCCUAAGUUUAGAUUUAUUACCUGUCAUUUAGGGCAAAAAUCCAGUGUCCCCAGCACAUGACGACCCAACUUUGUCUCACAGUAGCAAGUGUGUUGAAAAUAAAGUUGCUUUGUGAACUUAGAGGAAAUGGCUGUGUUAGAUUGGACUGAUUUAGUUGCAAAAUAACACCUUUUAGGGUCACACUUGUAUUAUUCCCUAGGGUUUAGCCUUCUCUAUAUACCCUUGGCCAGACUCAGAAGGGGAUUAAAAAGCUCUGAUCUUGGCCUCUUUCUUCCUUGUUGCUCCUCCCAGCCUUUCCAUAACUUACCCAUGCACAGCCCAUCAGCAGGAACACAUGAGAAUGUGGGACUUUGUUUCUUUUUUUCUUAGUUGUGUGAAUUCCAGAUUAGGCCUUACAGAUGCUUGUCUACUAAUAUAUCUCAAGUUUGAAAACAAUCCCUGACAAUUUUGUAGGUGCAAUAAAUAUUAGUCAAAUAAACAUUUAAGUGCCAAGAAGGAGGGGUGGGGGGAGGAGCUUUUUUUGAUUAAACAGAAAUUCCUUCAAGUAGAACUUGAGAAAGGACACUAAUUACAGUCAUCUUAACCCAGGCCAGAACCUAUAUUUAUUGGUUUGCCUAACAGUCUUAUUGUCAUGGCACUGUUUGCUAAGAUGAGCCUUCUUUACAUAAAAAUGAACUCUCAUCUAAUGGUGGAUGAAAAAAGAGAAAUUGCUUUAUCAUAGUUUAAUUUGGCUUGGACUACCAGGGUUCAUGUAUUCCUCCAUUUUUGGUGUGAUCUUUUUCUUCUUUCAAUAAAGUUAUUAAAUAUAUGGCAAAACAUUUUUGUUUCCAAUGAAAAUGCAUGAUACUCAUGUCAUGGAGUCAGGCUUGGGAAAAUCUAUGAAAUAAUAGUUUGCUGAUAAUGAUAUUUUAUUAUGGCUUUGUGUAGACUACAUCCUUAAAGGAGUUUGUGCUUCUUUGCCCAUAGAAGGCUUUUUCUCCCUUUGUAUGCUUUUAUUAAAUCUGUUGAAUUAUAUUAAUAUUUUUUGAAUUUACAGGGCCAAUGAUCUUUUUGGUGGGUUACUUAGAUUAGGCCAUGGGCUCUUCCUGACCUUUCUUUUUCUCGGUCUUUUAAUCAUUUCACGUUUUUAUCUCUCCCUGAGUAAAGUGGCAAGAAAACUAAAAAUGAAAGUUAAAUGGGUUGAUUUGACAAUGUGUCAAGUUCUGAUUUAGAGUUAAUAAGGAAGGUAGAAACAAUUGACCAAAAUAAGAUAUUUGGAUCAGGAUUAUUUAAGCCGUUUAGAUUUGGCCAGAGACGCCAGAUUUAACAAAGGACUGGGUUCUUAUCUUCUUUCAUUCAUGAAUAUAUGCCUUGGGAGGACACUGGUGAUUCCCACAGAAUUAGGCCAAUGAUUUGCCACAUUACCCUUUAAGUUAGCCCAGAAUUCUAUCAGAUCCCUCACCAAGUUUCAGUUCAUGACUCAUACUGAAUAAAUAGCAGUUGUAAAUGAUUUUGAAUUGGUCUUCCUACUAAAGUGAAACAUCUUCUUUUAAAUCAAGCCACAUGAAUGAAAUAGCACAAUCAGAAAAAUUGUUUCUUUCUUUCUUUUUUUUUUUUUUUUUUUUGCAUAUCAAACCAAUGGCCUUCUCCACUAAGCCAGCAACUAAAGAUAUUCAGAAAACAAGUUAAUCGAGGUGGGCCGAACUUUUUGAACUGUGAGGAAAUGUUCCUAAGUUUAGAUUUAUUACCUGUCAUUUAGGGCAAAAAUCUAAUGUCUUUUUUAUUUCUUAAUCCUGUAGAACUCUGUAUUUCACAGUAACGAGUACUUAGGGAUCAUUGCUCUGUUAGCCUCUGGGAGAGAUCUUCUAGGGUUUGCCAUUACUUUUUUUCUAUAAUUUUUUUUGUUGUUGUUGUUUUAACUGCAACUGGUUACUUUUCUCAACCAUGGUCCUGACAUGUUUAUACUAUGAUACUUUUGAGACUUCACUAAAGAAUUAAAAGCUGUGAAACAACAUUUGCUUCUCAUCCUUCAGACAAAAUGUGUUCCAUUUAAGCAGCAUGGUUAAACACUAAUUUUGGGAUAAGGGAGGGAUAUGUUUUCUUUACUUUCUUUUUGGAUUUUAUUUCUGUGACAUAAGCCAAUUUGUGUUUGGAAGGAAAGAUGCCUUCCUUUACAUUCUUCACACUGGCAAAUUUUUCAUACUGAAUCAAGAAAUUAUCAUCCCUUCAAAACACAUAUUAAUAUAACAACGUUAGAGUAAGGGAAAUGGUAUAUCAUCUCCUCUCCUCAGUCCCUUGAUGUUGGAAUGUUAUUAUCAUUUCCAGGAGCCAUACUUUGAAAUUAAAAACAAAUGGAGGCAUUACCCGACUGGUGAAGGAAUUUUAAAUGCAAGACAUUUAAAGAAUACCUGAAGGAUUUGGGGAGACUUAGGUUAGGAAAAAGAGCGGAUUACAAUUAGUGCAUUAGAACAAGAUGAUCUGUGGUUCAGAGGGGUGGAAUGAGGCCCACUGAAUGAGGCCGUAGGGACACAGAUUUGGGUUCCAUGUCAGGGAGACCAUUCUCAAAAAGUUGGUUCACUAUGGGACAGGCUGCCUCAGGUGAUAGCCUCUGUCAAGAGGCAAAGAUGUGGAGAGGAUCCCAUUGGUUGGAGAUUGGAGCAGGUGACCUAUUAACCUAAAUUCCCAUGUUGUAUGUAGUACUUUGCCCCUCAUAAUAUGUUCAAUUAAAUAUCUGUUAAUUCAUAGCUAAUGAUUUUUUUAAUGGGCCCUCAUUCUUCUGCCACAGUGCAUCCCACCUUCAUCUUUCAGGGAAGAGGUUGGUUGCACGUAGUUAGGCCAAGAGACUGACCCUCCAUUAUGCCGUAUGCUGGACUUGCUUUAUCAGUCCAUUCGUUGAUGUCCUGUUGAAAUCACAAAUUGGUUCUUGAGUUAAAAAUCAAAAGGUAUUGUUUUAGUAGAAGUUACAUGAAAUUAUUCAUUUAUCACUUGCCAAACAUAGGCCUUGCUCUGUUUAAUAAAUAAUGGGUGUCUCCUUCAAGAUUUUAGGAUAUGCCUUUUUAACAGAGCAGAAUCUUUUGUUAAAGUUCUCACAAACAGACCAACAAGAAGUUUUGCAGCUCCCAAGAGAGAUGGGCUGGUGGGUCACUGACAUAAAGCAGUCCCCAAGAUCUAUUUUAGAGAAGUCUCAAUGACAUGUCCUUUGUUGGUUUGAUUCUCUUGAGAAUACAUAAGUUUAAAAGAACUGAGGUCAAAUUGCUUUAUGUGGAAAGCAAUAAAAACAAGUAUUUUUGACUUGAAAAUUAGAGGUAACUGUAAGCAAUUUUUGCUAAUGAAGCCUAUGACCCAAAUUAUUCCACCUGCAAAAUAACUUUCACCAUUGCAAGGCUGAUAGAUAGCUCUUCACUGGUCUUUUUUUGUUUGUUUGUUUGUUUGUUUGUUUUUUAAGUCAUUGGUCUUAAAUCAGUAUGGUGACAAAUCUAUUUGAGUUUGAUUGAGACUUUCUUGGACUCCUUUGGACAAGAGGUCAGAGCACAAAGGCUAGUCACCACUUCUUUGACUUCUUGAGGUAUGAGCCAAAAUUUUACUUUUCCAUUGAUUUAAAGCAGAAUUUUUGGAGAUGCUGUGUUCUAGUUCCUGAUGGAAUCUUUGGUGGUUGGUGACUUUGAUACUUCAGAGAGUGAUGUGGGGAGUUAUACAGAAGGGGAAACACUAGUUUAGGUGUGAGGAGUCCUAGUAUGCCACAAAUUAGCUGAGACUUUAGGCGAAGCACAAUGUCUUGAGCAUCAAUCUUCUCAUCUAUGAGACAGACCUGUCAGGAUUAUUGUGAAAAUUAGAUAAGUUGAAAGUACAGUGCUUGGUAAACAGCACUCAAAUAUUAGUUCCUUUUCUCCUUAAUUAAGAGCAGACUGAAUGGUCUGAUGCCAAGUGUAGAUCCUUAAGAGACAAAACAAAGAAACUUUCCUGGCUUCAAAGAACUCCAUUUCUGAAAGGAUGCCUUAAAAGGAAGUCAUUUAUCUGAUCCAUCCUUUUGCCUUUGGGCAUUGCUGUCACCCUCCAUUUCUUUACAAACUUCAGGCAAGGUGGUCUCUCUCUCUCCCAAUAGGCAAUUCCAGGGUUGUAAACUCAUUAUCAGGAAGCUUAAUCUUAGAACUGAAAUACCUCACAGAGCAAUUUAAACCUCUUUCUUCUUGAUCCUAUUCUUCAUGGGAAGAAAAUUGGGUUGAUCCCUCUUCUUUUUAAGGAGCCACGUAUGCCAUUUAUUAUUGCUCUUUUGCCUGUUUAAAACAAUAACAGUCAGAAAAAAAAAAUGAUUAUCAUUGAAAUGAUAAUCAUUAAAAUGAUAAUCAUUAUUUACUUAGUGAAUGUCAGGAUAGGUAUUUAUUACUCUUAGCUUCUUACUGGUAUCAGAUGUAGAUCACAGUCUUACUGUUGAUUAACUCUUCAGUUAUAUAUAUAUACUUUGAUUCUUUAGUUAUAUAAUUGAUAACAAAGUGUGCUUCUGAAGAAUUAUUCUGGCUGUAUGGUUCUUGUUUCCUUCCCUUGGUAAAAAUGGAGUCAUGAAUCUCAGUUUUGUGAUCUGCUUUUAAUUUCAUAUAUGACAUUAUUUGAUGUACAUAAUUACCAACAUCCAAAAGGGUUUCUUCCCCUUUCUACAUGUGCACUAAAUUCUAAAACAAAAAUUGGAAUACAAAAUGUCUAAAAAAGCAAAAAUUCAUGUACAGAAAAGCAAAAGAUAAUCUAGUUUGUUAAGAUAAUUUGUCACUAGCUGGUUGAAUAAUGCACAGUUUUUGUUUAAGGUUACACAGUUAUGCCUGGAUUAAAUAACAAUAGUAAAACCUGACAAGUCUUUUGAAAAACAGCUGCUAAACAUAUUACUUUCUGGAAUGUAAUCAUUAGCAACAAAUAUUCUCUUAUUCUAUACAAUUGCAGAAUGCUAGUGGAACUUUCUUGUAGGCUAUUUGACAAUGAAUGUUAAUUGAUUUAUUUUUUAAAAAUGUAAAAUCCUCUUAUCCCUUUAAGGCUGGUUUAGGCUUUCAUGUCCCUGUGGUAGAAAAUUUCAAAUGCUGGCUUCUAAUUUCUACUCACUGAAGUGUCUUCCAGACAUACCAGAUGGUUGGAGCUCCUUUGAUAGUAUAUAAGGGAGCUACAUAAAUGUAUUUGAACUAACUCGUGAACAAAAUUUCUGUUUUCAGCAAAAAAAAAAAAAAAAGGAAAAAGAAGAAACAAACUCUGCUCCAAAUUUCAGAUAAUACAGGAGUAAAAAGAGGUUUUUGAUAAUCUGAAGGGAAAAAGUGUGCCCCAUAUAUCUUGUACACACUUUUAAUGCAUGACUUUUAGUAUAGAGAUGAAAUAAAAUGCAAAAUAUAUAAUUCUGGAGAUCUCAGCAGCUAGUUAAAAUAUUUAGAGAAGCUGCUUUAUGAAAACUUAGAGAAUCCUUGAUCUCCCCCACCUUUCCUAUCACUCCAUUAAGACAUGGAUCUUUAAUAUUAAUACACACAUAGUUUUAACUAAUAAACAAGUUAAUCACUGAGUUUUAUGAACUCGAUUCUUGAUAUUUGGCUAUUGGUUUUAAGCAUAGGAUAUCAGUAUUAUUUGUAUACAGCAAUAUAUAAAAUCUAACCAACUUCAGUAUAAGAAUAGUACUUGAUUUUAAAUGUUAAUAUGCAAAUAUUAACAGUAUACUACAUCAUAUUUUAUGUGUUCAUAUAUUGAUCUUUUUACUUAACAAAAAGCCUGUUAGAAAUAUAACCCACUGAUGACCUGAGUCCAAUUAGCUGAAAACAUUCUGUAGAAAGAUGAUUGUAUGAAAAAUUCAAUCAACAUUAAAAAAGGGAAGGGGAGAGGGAACACAAACUUGAACAAAAUAUUCUUAAAUGAAGUUGCAUCUCUUUUUAAAAUUAAGAUAUAAUUCGUGCACCAUACAGUUUACCCUAUUAAGGUGUAAACGUCAAUGUUUGUAAACAUAUUCACUAAGUUGUGCAACAUCACCACUGCCUAACUUCAGAACAUUUUCAUUACCUCCAAAAGAAACCCCAUACCAUUUGCAAUCACUCCUCCUCCUCCCCCCCACCCAGUAUCUGGCAACCACUAAUCUACUUUCUGUCUCUAAGAAUUUGCCUAUGCUGGACAUUUCAUAUAGUCAAACAAUAUGUGGCCUUUUGUGUCUGGCUUCUCUAAGCAUAAUGUUUUCAAAGCUCAUCCAUGUUGUAGCAUAAAUCAGUACAUUGUUUUCAUGGUUAAAUAAUAUUUCAUUGUAUGUAUAUGCCACAUUUUAUUUGUCCAUUUAUCAUCUGAUGGACAUUUGGGUUGUUUCCACUUUUUGAUUAUAAUAAUGCUGCUAUGAACAUUUAUGUAAAAGUUUUUUGUAUGGGUGUAUGUUUUCACAUCUCUCUUAAAAACAAUUAGUCUAACAAAUCAAAUCAUUUAUGUUUAAGCAGAACCUCUUGCAAUCCUAUUUGGUGAGUGCAACUUAUGAUCUUAGUUUAACUGAUCAAUUAGGAGACCCCUGAAUAAAGUCUAACUCCCCAAUAUAUCCAUAAGAAUUUUUCUAUGAGCCUGUCAUUUAGAUGUGAUAAUCAAUCAAUUUCAUGAAGACUGUUUCAGUCUUGUAGAAAUUGAGUUGCCAUCACAUAGAGGAUUUCUUGUCCUCUGUAUUGUUUAAAGGACAACUACAAAUCAUGCUGGAUAAGAGUGUUCAUUCAAUCUUUUAGGAUUCAAUGAAGUAGCAUUUUAAAUAUGUAAGUUAUUUUGUAUAUUGUCUGUCUUUUAAAGUUUGGACUUUACUUCUUGAAAAAAAGUUUGUCAAAUCGCCAAACCAUAUGACUGUCCAUUCAUUGUAGCUUAUGUUUUUAUUAUUCAGAAAUAAUUCAUACUGAGAGUAAAAGAAAAAGAAUGUAUUUUGUGUGCAAAGGAUGAAUGUAUUAAAAACUUUUUAUUUGUAACAAUUUUUUAAAAAAACUAAAUGGAAAUUGCUUUCCCAUGUACUUGUAUAUAAAUAAACAUUUCCUGUUGCCCA